GUCACGACGUUGCCGGGGCGGGGAUAACCCCUCACGUGGAGCAGAUGAAAGGGCCGCGGCGCGACGCCCGGGGGAGCCGAGCAGAGCCUGCGACCCACAAAGCCGCCGCUGCCGCCGCCGCAGCCGCGAUGGGGCUGUGAGGCGUCCGCCCGCGCUCGGUCCUCCGCCGGCCCGCGACUAUGCCCGGCCGCGCCCGCCCUCCGCGCCCUCCCGCCGCAGGACCAUGAGGCCGCGCUCGGGCGGGCGCCCAGGGGCCCCGGGCCGCCGCCGCCUCCGCCGCCGCCCCCGCUGCCCCCGCGGCCGCCGCCUGCCGCCGCCGCCGCCGCUGCCGCUGCUGCUCGGGCUGUUGCUGGCGGCCGCGGGGCCCGGCGCGGCGCGGGCCAAGGAGACGGCGUUCGUGGAGGUGGUGCUGUUCGAGUCGAGCCCGAGCGGCGACUACACCACCUACACCACCGGCCUCACGGGCCGCUUCUCGCGGGCCGGGGCCACGCUCAGCGCGGAGGGCGAGAUUGUGCAGAUGCACCCACUGGGCCUGUGUAAUAACAAUGAUGAAGAGGACUUGUAUGAAUAUGGCUGGGUAGGAGUGGUGAAGCUAGAACAGCCAGAACUGGACCCGAAACCAUGCCUCACUGUCCUCGGCAAGGCCAAGCGAGCCGUGCAGCGGGGAGCCACUGCAGUCAUCUUCGAUGUGUCUGAAAACCCAGAAGCUAUCGACCAGCUAAACCAGGGGUCAGAAGACCCACUCAAGAGGCCAGUGGUGUACGUGAAGGGCGCAGACGCCAUCAAGCUGAUGAACAUUGUCAACAAGCAGAAAGUGGCUCGAGCAAGGAUCCAGCACCGCCCUCCUCGACAACCCACGGAAUACUUUGAUAUGGGGAUCUUCCUGGCCUUCUUCGUCGUGGUCUCCUUGGUCUGCCUCAUCCUCCUUGUCAAAAUCAAGCUGAAGCAGCGACGCAGUCAGAAUUCCAUGAACAGACUGGCCGUGCAGGCCCUGGAGAAGAUGGAAACCAGGAAGUUCAACUCCAAGAGCAAGGGGCGCCGGGAGGGGAGCUGCGGGGCCCUGGACACGCUCAGCAGCAGCUCCACGUCCGACUGUGCCAUCUGCCUGGAGAAGUACAUCGAUGGAGAGGAGCUGCGGGUCAUCCCCUGUACUCACCGCUUUCACAGGAAGUGCGUGGACCCGUGGCUGCUGCAGCACCACACCUGCCCCCACUGUCGACACAACAUCAUAGAACAAAAGGGAAACCCGAGCGCCGUGUGCUUGGAGACCGGCAGCCUGGCGCGCGGCCGGCAGCAGAGGGUGAUCUUGCCGGUGCACUACCCCGGCCGCGUACACAGGGCCAGCGCCAUCCCCGCCUACCCCACGAGGACGAGCAUGGACGCCCACGGGAACCCUGUCACGCUGCUGACCGUGGACCGGCGCGGGGAGCAGGGCCUCUUCCCGCCGCAGACCCCCACCUACAUCCGCGGCUACCCGCCCCUCCACCUGGACCACAGCCUGGCCCCUCACCGCUGCGGCCUGGAGCACCGGCCCUACUCGCCGGCCCCCCCCUUCCGCAGGCCCAAGUUCGGCGGCCGCAGCUUCUCCAAGGCAGCUUGCUUCUCCCAGUAUGAGACCAUGUACCAGCACUACUACUUCCGGGGCCUCAGCUACCCCGAGCAGGAGGGGCAGCCCCCUCCCGGCCUCGCCCCCGGGGGCCCGGCUCGGGCCUUCCCCCCGGGCGGCGGGGGCGGCGGCGGCAGCGGCCUGCUCUUCGCCCCCGCGGUGCACGCGGCCCCGGCGUCGCACCUGGAGAGCGGCAGCGCGUCCAGCUUCAGCUGCUACCACGGCCACCGCUCGGUGUGCAGCGGCUACCUGGCCGACGGCCCGGGCAGCGACAGCAGCAGCAGCAGCGGCAGCUCGGGCCAGUGCCGCUGCUCCUCCAGCGACUCGGUGGUGGACUGCACGGAGGUCAGCAACCAGGGCGUGUACGGGAGCUGUUCCACCUUCCGCAGCUCUCUCAGCAGCGACUACGACCCCUUCGUCUACCGCAGCCGCAGCCCCUGUCGCGCCGGAGACGUGGGGGGCUCAGGCCGGGGGCCCGUGGUGCGCCUCGAGGGCUCCCCGCCCCCCGAGGAGCUCCGGGCUGCGGCCCGAGGCCCAGGUGCGGGGCGGGGAGAGCCCUGGCCCGGGCCCGCCUCUCCCUCGGGGGACCAGCUGUCCACCUGCAGCCUGGAGAUGAACUACAGCAGUAGCUCCUCCCUGGAGCCCCGGGGGCCCAACAGCUCUACCUCAGAAGGGGGGCUCGAGGCCUCUCCCGGGGCCGCCCCGGACCUCAGGAGGACCUGGAAGGGGGCCCGGGAGGGGCCGAUGUGUGCCUGCUGCUGUGAGCCCCAGACCCCCGCCCCAGACCCCGGAGCGGCAGCGGCUGGGGGCGGCCUCUUGUUCCUGGGCCCCCCGCCCUGUGAGGGCUGCAGUCCCCAGGGUGGGGAGUCACAGCCGGGGAGCUCCCAGGGCCGCUAUGGCCUUCACCCGGACCAUUUGCCCAGGACAGAUGGGGUGAAGUACGAGGGCCUGCCCUGCUGCUUCUAUGAAGAGAAGCAGGUGGCCCAUGGCGGGGGCGGGGGCAGGGGCGGCGGCUGCUACACUGAGGACUGCUCGGUUCGCGUGCAGUACACGCUGGCCCAGGAGCUCCCGCCCAGCUGCCACCCCGGGGCCCGGGACCUGAGCCAGCGCAUCCCCAUCAUUCCGGAGGAUGUGGACUGUGACUUGGGCUUGCCCUCCGAAUGCCAAGGGACCCGGGGCCUCGGCCCCUGGGGUGGGACGCUGCCAGGUCCGGAUGCCCUGUGGCCCCACAGGGGCCUGGGAGCAGCCCAGCAAGAAGAGCGGGUUCCGUGCUGCCUGGCCAGGGCACCGCUGUCACCUCCCUGCCCUCCAGAGGAUGUGGGGGCCCCUGGGGCCAGCUCCCCCAGCGCCCCCCAGGACACUCAGGACUCCAGCGCCACAGCCGCUGAGGCUGCAGGACCGAGAUCUCGCCCGGCCGACAGUGGCAGCCCUGGAGCCUGAGCUCAGAAGGAACUCUUCCGUGGAAAUGGGAACUGUACGGAGACUCCAAACUCUGACUUCCUACAGAAAAAAAAAGAAAAAAAAAAAAGAUUUUUUUAGCUUUGACAAACACAAAAGUGGUAAAAAAGAGAGCCCUCCUCAACCCAAAAUGUGAGCCACGUGUGGCAACCCCUCCUCCCAAUUAACAAACCAACAGACAAAAUUCUCUUAGUCUUUUGCCUCUUGAUAACAUGUUACUCUUCUGUUUUGUAAAGUGUGUGUGCUUGGGGUUCGAGGUGUGUGGGAUUGACUUCUCUGCUUUGUUUUUUAAGAUAUUAUAUGUAAAUGUAAAAAGUUAUUUAAAUAUAUAUUUUAAAGAACCCUAA